AGUAGCGAAAUAUAUUUUGUCCGCGGCGGCUGGGUUAAACACGUACGUUGUAUUUCACAUUUUACACACGGUUAUCCUGCCGCGUGUUUCCAAAAAGUUGGAGUAAAACAUUGAUAAAAUGGCUACGGAAACUGAGCGAAAACGAUUCCACCUUGAACAAAUCAUUGAGCAUAUCAGUGAAGAGACGACAUUAGAGCAUAGUGUUUCAUCAGGACUGACUUUGGUGACUAGUGGUGGUGAUAGAGAGGACCUAGAUAACGUCCCACCAGAAAAAAGGGAUUUUGGAGAAGAUUCAGACGGGAUCAAGUCAGUUGAAUCUGAAAGUACAAGUGAAGAAGAAAGUGGUAAUGACAAAGACAGCAGUGCAGAUGAUAUUGUAGUUCCUGUUAAAAUCUCACCAAGGUGUGACGUUUGUGGGUUACUACAUUUCAAAAGCUAUCGAUGUGUAACGAGAUUCUCAGCUCCACUUUAUAUUCGGGAAGCAUUUGAUGAUAAUUAUCAGAAGAUACGCGUGUGUCGUAAGUGUCUAACGUCGAAAGAAAACUGCGUUGAAAAUGUAGCUAUAUCCAAUCUGGCACGCUAUUCGGAUAAAAUCCGCCAAAUGAAAAUUCCUCUUGGCAUGACGAGUGAUCGAAGAACAAAACCUUUUGAGUUCGUUGUUCGUGAUUUACGACAGUUGAAAAACAAUGAGAAACACAGUUCUGAUGAUACCUCUUGGUUAAAUCUGCAAGCCUCAUCCCCUCCCCAUGAUUCGUUACCUGAAACACCACGCAAGACGUUGCUCCAGAGAUUUCAGGUGGAUGAUCCUGUGCAAAAGAAUUUAUUCUUGAGGGAAUUGAAUCUGUAUUCUACGGAUUUUCUUAAUAAUGUCGCUAGGAAUAACGAAAAUGGCGUACCUCAACAGAGCGAUGGAACUGAAAAUCAGCAGAGCAACGGCGAAGAUAUGGAUAUCACCCAAUCAGAAGACCGUGAAAAGUCUCUGUAUCACGUGGCUGCUAAAAAUGUCCUGGGAACAAAUGUUCCAGAAAGAAAAAUUGGAGAGAGUUUUGGUGCACGAAAAGGAUUGAGUCAUGAUCUGGUGAUGAAUACUAAGCGAGCUUGGAAGCCUAACAAGAAAUAUGAUGAUCUCAGAAAAGUCGGCAACCCCAGUUUGAAGAAAGGAAUAAAGCAACGUGUACAAAAAUCUGCCGCAGUAAAAAAGGAAAAUGCAGGCGAAAAGACGGGUGAUUCCCCUGACAAGAUCCGAACAUGUGGCAUAAAUUGUGCAGUGUGCGGAAAUCAUGUUCAGAAAUCGUAUAGCUGUUGUACACUGCAAACUGCGCCAGAAAAGUUUAAGCAUCUUUUCGUCCCCGGUGUUGUUCGCUUGAAGAUUUGUCGGAAGUGUAUACCCUAUAAGAAAGUUAUUAAACUGGAUGAGCCUGUUGUGGUUAAAAAGAAAGUAAAAGUGAAACAAAAACGAGGCCGAAAGCCUACAAAGAUUCUGAAACCGACAACCGUUGUCAAGGCAAUCCCACGUGAUGCCACCUUGGUCACGACAGCAAAGGAUGACGUGAAAGUCCGCGUUAAAAAUGAGCCUAGGAUAGAUGAUCACAAGCCAUUUACAUCCAUCCUAAAUCCUGAACACGCGACUGUUUAUCAUGGCACCUACCCCAGCCAAAACAUUAUACAAGUUGUGAAUGGCGAGGAAAGCAUGAAUAGAUAAUGCAACCACGAAUGAUUUAGUAAUAGCUAGUUGAAGAUUAUGUACAUUAUACUGUGACUGUAGUGUUUAUAUUCUAUAAACAAUUUAUAAUUUCAUUAUUUUAGCAUUAUUCAAAAAGUGCAUAAUUAUAUUAUAUGCAGGUCCGUGUUCAAGGAACGCAUCAAAUGCAUACGGACUGUCUUGAAAGUGAAAGCAAUGUAUUCUCAUAUUAACCGCGAUACUGACGUAUUUCUGACAGCUUCAGACAUAUCAAGUGAUUCGGGCAACUGAUUAGUCUGAUUUGGUGUACAUGAACACUCUGGGUGUAUUAUAUUGGUAAAAAUCGUAAAAGAGAUAACAUAAGAUAAACACGUCGUGCAUAAAUAUAUUAUAAUGCUGGAUAGAAUCAUAGAAACUUGUAGCAACGUGAAUUCGGUUCGAAAUCAUCCAGCAUUACUAGAACUUUUCUGAAACCAAAGAUGUACACCAACCUUUGUUAGGUGAUGUUUGGCUUUAUUUGAUCCUCCCGGAAGAAGUGAAUAACUAAGGAGUGAAAGCAAUUAUGCGAAAACGGGUUCUUCGCUCUUUGAAAGGCAAAUUUCCAUACGUUUCAUAGUUCAUAGAUGUGCGGGCACAAAAACAUGUGAUUACUGCGACCUAACCUGGGAC